AUGGAAACUGGAUACAGCGAAAUUUUGCAGGACUGUAGGACACGUGACGGCCCUAUGGGUACUACUCUCGACAUGCAUCCUCUGGACCCGCCACCUCCCGAUGUGCUUCUUGCGCUUUUAGCUAGGAAUAAAGCAUUAGAAGCCAGUAUCCCGAAGUGCGGCGGCUGCCAGGAGAUGAUAGUGGACCGGUACGUGCUGAAGGUAUCAGACCGCACAUGGCAUGCCGGCUGCCUGAGGUGCGUUGAGUGCCGCGCAAUGCUCUCUGGCAAGUGCUUCGCCAGAAAUAAUCAGCUCUACUGCACAGAGGACUUCUUCAAGCGGUUUGGCACCAAGUGUGCGGGCUGCGGGCAGGGCAUCCCGCCGACGCAAGUGGUACGAAGAGCGCAAACGCACGUGUAUCAUAUGCGGUGCUUCGCGUGCGCAGCCUGUGCGAGGACGCUCAAUACCGGUGAUGAGUUCUACCUCAUGGAGGACGGGAAGCUGGUUUGCAAGCCCGAUUAUGAAGCGGCUAGGGCUAAAGGCGGCGAGGGCUCGCUGGACGGCGACGCAGCGAGCAAACGGCCGCGCACCACUAUCACCGCGAAGCAGCUGGAAACGUUGAAAAGCGCGUAUAGCAGCAGCCCCAAGCCAGCGCGACAUGUACGGGAGCAACUCGCGCAGGAUACCGGCCUCGACAUGCGCGUAGUGCAAGUCUGGUUUCAGAAUCGACGAGCAAAAGAAAAACGGUUAAAAAAGGAUGCUGGUCGUACUCGAUGGUCUCAAUACUUCAGAUCCAUGAAGAGUUCGGGUGGCGGUUCUCCGAGACACGAUCGACUGCUUGACAAAGAUGAGCUAAAAAUAGAUUUGGAUUCGUUUAGCCAUCAUGAACUAAGCAACGAUAGCUACAGUACAGUGGCGCUGGGUGGAGAAGAAGGAUCGCCUGCGGGUGGUGGCGCUGCGUCAACUGGCGCGCGUUUUGGCGCCACUCCGCCAUAUUUGCGCGCGCACUCACCUCCGCAUGCGCACUACCAUUAUCCACCCGACCAUCUUGUCUAUACCAACAUAGGACAAGCGAUGGGCGGCACUGGCAUCGGCGGUGGUGCAGGCGGCGCGUCAGACAUGAGCAGUUCAUCAUCGCCGGCAGCAGGCGGCUACCCGGACUUCCCGCCUUCACCGGACUCGUGGUUGGGUGAAGCACACCACUACUCUCCGCGGGGCUUCCCCUAG